UAGAGCCAGGGCGGGGCACCGGCCUGGCUGAUCCCUGGCGCUGAGUCCGCCGCAGCCCGGCCAGGCCCGAGCGAGGAGGCGGGCAGGUCCCGCGCCAUGGGGCGGCUGGUGGGGUUGAGCCUGAUGGGCAUCGCGCUGGCGCUGCUGGGCGAGAGGUUCCUGGCGCUCAGAAAUCGACUUAAAGCCUCCAGAGAAGUAGAAUCUGUAGACCUUCCAAACUGCCACCUGAUUAAAGGAAUUGAAGCUGGUGCUGAAGACAUCGAUGUGCUUCCCAAUGGUCUGGCUUUCUUGAGUGUGGGUCUGAAGUUUCCAGGUCUCCAUAGCUUUGCACCAGAUAAGUUUGGAGGGAUACUGAUGAUGGAUCUCAAAGAGGAAAAGCCGAGGGCACUGGAAUUAAGAGUCAGCCGGGGCUUCGAUUUGGCUUCGUUUAACCCACACGGCAUCAGCACCUUUGUAGACAGCGAUGACACAGUUUAUCUCUUUGUUGUAAACCACCCGGAAUUCAAGAAUACAGUGGAAAUUUUUAAAUUUGAAGAAGAAGAAAAUUCUUUGUUGCACCUGAAAACAAUUAAACAUGAGCUCCUUCCAAGUGUGAAUGACAUCAUAGCUGUUGGACCAGUUCAUUUCUAUGCCACCAAUGACCACUACUUCUCGGAUCCUUUCUUAAAGUAUUUGGAAACAUACUUGAACUUACACUGGGCCAAUGUUGUUUAUUACAGUCCAGAUGAAGUUAAGCUGGUGGCUGAAGGGUUUGAUUCAGCCAAUGGAAUCAAUAUUUCACCUGACAAAAAGUAUGUCUAUGUUGCUGAUACAUUGGCUCAUGAAAUCCAUGUUUUGGAAAAGCAACCUAAUAUGAAUUUGACUCAAUUAAAGGUUCUGCAGUUGGGUACGCUGGUGGACAAUCUAUCUAUUGAUCCUUCCUCGGGCGACAUCUGGGUUGGCUGUCACCCUAAUGGCCAGAAGCUCUUCGUGUAUGACCCGAGCCAUCCUCCCUCAUCAGAGGUUCUUCGCAUCCAGAACAUUCUAUCCGAGAAGCCUUCAGUAACCACAGUUUAUGUCAACAAUGGGUCUGUCCUCCAGGGAAGUUCUGUGGCGACCAUAUAUGACAGGAAACUUCUCAUAGGCACUUUAUACCAGAGAGCCUUGUAUUGUGAACUCUAAAUUGUAUUUUCAGCAUGCAAGCACAAUAACUUGUAACAAAUUAAUCUUCUUAUGACUUGGUAAUUCUGAGGGACUUUAACCAGCAGGGUGGACCCAGAAAUAUACUGCAUAUAUAACCCAUUUUAUUUCAGUAAGGAAAGGCACCCAGAGUUCUGAUAGCACAUUUAACA